AUGUCGAUGAAUUUGCACGAUUACGUAACCAAAAUUCUUGUAUAUAUCUUUCUAUUUAGGUCAACUGCUAACAAUAGUUCUGAUGAAUAUAUGAUACUAUAUGAUUUGGGAACCACGAAUAUGUCGAGAUUUAUAACCUCUCUGGUGAAUGGUACAACAAAAUGUUCAUACUACACUGUGCAUACCCAUAGCUCUGGACAGCAGGCUGAACGGGUCGUAGAAGCGACCAAGGAUACAAGCACACACAUAGCGAUGCCAGCUACACCCAAGGCGAAAAAAAAGCGGUGGUCAAGCUAUUAUGAAGUUAUACAGGCAGAAACUGAUGGAAAUAAAACGUUCAAAGUCGUUACUGUUGAAUUUUCGAAGACUCUGUUCACGAAAAUGAUGAGCUUAAAGAGAAAUAUAAGCACAUUCUUCUCGCAGGAUGAAAUCCAUCACAUAUUCAAAUACAUAUUUGUGCACGUGGAUGAUAACACUCUACUUACGUAUAGUGUGUGCAUGAACUUGCAAGAUGAUCCACAAAUAUUUUAUCUGCUGUCGGACUACGGUAGAGAGUACCUGUCUUUGAGACAUUCAAAACAAGCUUGCGCACUUAAACGCUGUCACGAUUAUGGCGGUGCUCUUAUAAAGUUUCGUGAAGCUGUUAACGCCACAAUCGUGCUGUUCCUGACAGAGGGUACUAUGCAGAGGAUACAAGUCUAUGGUAAGAAAAAAAGUCGAUCUGUAACCAAAAAGAAGAUUCCAUUAAACGAGUUCAAGCUCGGUUUUCUGUUCGAGUGUCUCGAGAUCGGUGCUAUCAAGUCUGGAGAUGAUUUCGAUGCUCUGUACGGCAAGUUCAUGUACAAUGGCUAUAAUUCCAAGUUAACUGUGAUCAUACACAAAUUCUUACCGUUUGCAAACAUUUUUGAUUUCAUUUUAGGUGCAAAAAAUUGGAAGUUUGAGCCGUCUUUGCUCACUCCCCAUAACUUAUGGACACAGCAGCACGUUGAAUGCGUUACUUUCAAAGUGUUUAUUUUGGUACCAUCAGAUGAUGCUGAAGCUCUUGACAGUCUUCAUCCCCUCGAAAAUAUCGAUUACGCUUUCUUUGCGGUAGACUUUAUCAAUUCAGAACCACAGUCAAUUUAUAACGCGAAAAUAUGUUUUUCAGAAUAUUUGGAUGCGCAUCUUUGCAGCAUUCCAGGGAAUAUUACAAGUGUUCUGUGCAAGCACAUGACCUUAGACUACGAUUUCGUGUUCAAAAAACGUUUUAAAAAUAUUACAUUCCACAACUGCACCAUUGGGAGCGGGUGCACUGUUACCUUUGAGAAAGGAUACGAACAAUUGGUGAUGGACAACACUAAAGGACGGCUAGAUUUGUCUGGCACGGCAGGUCUUGGCAUAGUUAGCCUGAACAAAACAAAUUCUGUAUUAGCCUUCCAGAAAGGGAACGCGCAUCAUUCCAGUCUUUUCUCACUCGAGCACGCACGUAUUGAUGGGAACGUUGCUAUCGGCGAACAAAUAGAAGAACUGCUCUUCUGCAACGUUAACUUCAGCGAGACGGUCACGUUAAAAAUUACAAGCCAUCAUAGACGCAUCGAUAUAAGAAGAUCAUCUGGAUGUUUUAGCUUGAUGGGUGAAUUUAAAGGUGUGUUGAAUCUUCAGUUUCGUUCAAUUAUGGAAAUCUCUGUGAAUGAGCAUGGAUCUAAAACAUUAUCGCUAGUUUGCCGAAACAUCACGAGCAACAUCAAGUUGGCCGAUGCAUACGAUACCGUUAUUUUGAACGAUACCAACAUCAGCAAAGGUUUUUGCUUUACGGUGAACAAAAAGUGCAAGAAGUUGCUGGUGAAGUGCUGUUCAGGAGAUUUAGAUCUUUCUGAAACCGAUAUUUUGAAAAGUAUCGAGAUAACAUUUACAAAUGAACCAUUUCAUAGGCUGAACAUGAAUGGUCCUAUCAAUACGACUCGCUUAUCCGUGUUCGAAGUUCCGUCCGAUAAGACUGAGCUACCGUGCCUCUUUAAACAGUUUAAACGGAUACGAUAUCUGAAAAUUGGACGGCUUACUACACCCGCUCAGCGUAUGAGCCUGGAACUAAACAUCCUGAGAAGGUACCUGACAGCAGCUUCUAUUUUCAGAUCUCGUUCAACGAAUUAUAGGAACGAGUCAUUGAGCACCGCUGCUUGUCAAUAUCAAUUCGAUGCUGUAAACCUUAGGAUGACAGCUGAUCACGUCUUAGAAGGCAUUUUUUACGAAAAUGUGAUGUCGGGAGUCGAAGUGCUAGAAUACGAACAUAUCAUGAUGAGUGACAAUAACUGCAAAUAUUUACGAGAAAUGGGCAGCUUAAAGGUUUUCAAGGCCUCUAUAGAGUACCUGACAAGCGAAUCGCUUAUGUGUUUGCCUCCCAGUAUACAAUCGCUGAACAUUUACGAUUCACAGACCAGUGAGGACAACUACCAACUGUGCCUGCUUGCUCUGAAGCACUAUCCGCACUUGAAAAUUCUUACAAUCGGUGGCGAGUUCUUCACCAAUACAUCGAAUUUCGGGUUGUUGCCCAAGACUGUGGAGGUACUGGCAAUAUCGUACGUCUGCCAAAGUGCUAGUGUUCCCGUGGCUAGCAGUAAAAGAACAGAGCUACGUGAGCUGUACGUCCAUGUAACCGAGAAAAGCAUCUUCAAUCACGAUAUCGGUGUUUUAGACGCCAACAUAGCCAUUUUCCUACAGCAAAUAUUCGUUUUUAUUGAUCAAGAUAACCUCAAAUGCCUCAUUCUAUCAUCUGUUGAUGAUUAUUGUGAAGUAGAUCCUUCAACUUAUGCCGUUCUGAACCGCUAUGACGGACGACCUGGCCACGGAAUUGAUACUUGAUUGAGUUUAUCCAAAGCGUGA